UCAAGUGUUCGAGCAGCUUCUCGGAAAUGUUUAUCUCGUCCAAGGAGGUUAUUCAUUCUGUUGCCAAAAACCUAAAAUAUUAUAUUGACGUUCAAAGAAAGGAAGAUGGAUUUGACCUCUCUGGAAUUGAUAGAUCUCAACAGCUCUACCCUAAUCUUAAACCACUUCCCAUUCUGUGUGUUGAAAGGCUCUAUGAUCGAAGCCUCAAACAUUAUUUCAAUGAUCCAAAUAUUAAGACAACGCUACAGAUGACUUUUGGAAAAACAGUUGAAGAACAAGAAAGAAAACUGCAUUUAAACUACAUCAGGGAAAUGAGAGUAGAAAGAAUCAUCAAGAAAAAAAUGUCAAAAUGUUCUUUUUCUAAUUUCAACCCUGGAGAUGCAUUCAAUCUAGAAAACUUGAAGACUAUAAAAAGGAACCGAAUUCACCGUUGCCCCAAAAUUUUGCAUCAAGUUCCACCCCCUGAUAUUUCAAGGAGUGAAGUACUUCGAUUAAUUUCCUCUGCAUCUAAAGUAAUAGUUGCCACUGAAGUAAUACCCCAAAAUCCAAACAAGAAACACAGUCCAAAGAUAAGAACGAAACUACAAGUUGACAAGCCAAGUGAAAUAAAGCCCAAGUGGACAGAGUAUGAAGUUACAGUUCAGACAGGAAGCUGCCUUGGCUCUGACUCAAAGGCAGACAUUUUUAUUAACUUCUAUGGAGAAGAAGACAAAGUGGAAAAUGUACUUUUGUGCAACUCACUUACCAAUCGUAUUCCAUUCCAAGAAUGUCAGACUGAUGUAUUUCUGGUGGAAAUUCCAAAUGUUGGAAAACUUCAAUACAUUAUCAUAGGACAUGACAGGGAAGAGCCUGGUUGUGGUUGUUACUUAGAAGAUAUUAUUAUAAAGGAUUGCUCAAAUUCAGUGACAUGGGUAUUUCACUGUAACACAUGGUUUUCAUCGCAAGCUUAUGGCGAACUCGCUUUCCAGAAGUUCAUGCCUUAUUGUGGGCAACUUGAUGACCGAGAAAAUGUCCAGAAAAAUGGUCAAAAUGAAACAAGCAAGCAAAAUACUGAAAUUGGUAGAUCUGUCAGUAAAGCUACUUCAAGAUCUACAAAGAAACAGCCUCAAACAGUUCUGAAUAAAAAAUCAACAUCCUGCGGCAGCAUUAUAGCUUCAGAGGGAAAGGAUAAUUCAUGUUCAGCACUUUCUUGUCCAAGGCAGUCAUUCAGGUCUCAGAGUACAUCAACUUUAAGCACUGACUCAAGAUGUGAAGCCUUAAAUAAAUCAUUGCCAAAGUCAUUUUCUAAAGGUCAGAUUGAAUUUUGUUUGUUAGAAUGUCAGAAUUCUUUAGCAGAGAGUCCAGAAAGAUGGCCAGCAUCUGCUGUUCAGUUGAAAAAUCAAAACGUUUCCAAAGAAGUGGAUAGUAUAGAUAAUGGAAACAAUAUCAACAAAGAGAACACAUUUCAGAGUUUUGCCUGUAUCAGUUCAGAUGAGAGGAAAGUGACUACUAAAGAAUCCUUAAAUGCAGACAGCCAAUACUCUGAGAAAAUUCAACCACAACUUCCAGUUACCUGCAAGGAAGAUGUAGAAAAAUCAAAUCUAUCUGAAAAAGAAUGGAGUGAAGGCAGUCCAAAGUACACAACUGGAGUGCCACAUUUUGUUCAUGGUUGUUUGAAAACGACUGAGUCUAAAUCACAGAUAUCAGGAACACAGUCUCCUCAUGAAAACAUGGCCGCUACUGAAGAUGACAAUAACUUGGCAAACAUGAAGCAGAAACCCAUAAGCUUCAUUCACGACAUUGUUGGAAAUACUGAACUUCCACAGAAAGGAAAUGUGACAACAGAGAGAAGCAUUAAUCCAGUCCCAUCCACUAUGAGCAACCUUGAAAGCUUACAGAAUUCUAAAGUAACGUUGGAUGGGGGUAUCGAAUAUCGGGCUGAACCUAAGGAACAUUCUGAAGAAGAUCAGUUUAAAGAAGCAAUAUGUGAAGAAUCAAAAACUGAACACCCAUUAAAAAAGGGGAUUGCAGCUACCAAACCGUCUGACUGUGAUACGAGAAGUAGUAAAUUAACGGACAAAAAGCCUUUAUGUUCUACUAAGGAAAAUGAAACCAAUAUAAACUGUAUUGACACAGAUGGUGUAAACCUCUGUAUUGUUUUCAAAAAUGCUCUAAGAACCAUUGAGAAUGGAGAAUAUGAUAAGUUGGAGAAUCUAUGUCAGCGUCAUAGUGGCCUUUCUAGUUACAGAGAUGAUGAUGGAAGGACUCUCUUGCAUAUAGCUGCUAUAUAUGGGAAUGCUGAAAUCUGCCAGGUGUUAUUCCAAGAUCCCGGUGUGCAGAAACAAUUAGACAGCCAGGACAAAGAGGGCCGAACAGCAUUGCAUUAUGGGAUUCUACAUAGUAACAAGAGGAUUAAACGACUGCUUCUAAAUCAUGGUGCGCAGUCUGAUAUUCCUGAUCAUAACUUAGAUACAGCAUUGGAUCUGGCUCUCAAUAUGAUCAACGAAGAAGAAGUUAACAAUAAUUAAUUCUUUGAUUGUUGUUGGCUCCAGAGAAUUUCAGGAGUUUCAGCUUCCUUCUUACAGUUAGGAAACAAUCUCUAAUAUUUCAGCUAUUAAGUUAUUCCAAUGUUAGGAGUUUUUUUUAUUGUAACACUCAUAUUUCCUGUGGUGAUGCUCAUGCAUAAAAAUUAAAAUGUAUUUGCUGUUGUG